UGCAGCAAGUCUGUGAGGACGAUCGCCUGGCGACCCGAAGAUGAACUUCUGCCGUUUCCAACUGCUUUUCCUUGUCGGAAUCAUACACACUUGUUUUGCCUUGGAAUGUUACAAGUGUCCAGUCGAUAUGAGGGAUGUCUUUCAUUGUAGCGAUCCGUUCGAAAAUAGAAGUUUCAAAAGAACUUGUGAAAAAGAAGAGGAUGUCUGCCUCAAGGUGUCAGUCAGAGGAGGGAGUAAUCAUUUAGAGGAAAGAGGAUGCGCAAACAGGAAGACAGUGGACACAAUAUGCAACAGAGUGAAGCAGAACUUUCUUCCUGAAGAUGUCAUUUGUGCAGUCUGCGAAACAGAUCUCUGUAAUGCCUCUCAAAGGAGGGAUGCGGCGAGUUUGCUGUACAUAUUGCUUCUGAGUUUCAUAAUCAUAUUCAUGUAUAAGGGAUGACGAUGUAUCUUGAAUUAGCAAGGCCACUCCGUCUGAGGUACCCUUGUGUUGAUUUUUACUAACUUCAGCCUACGCAGUAUUUAGAAAACUGAGAGAACUGGUCUGUAAGCAUUUAGAACUAGAAGAACGUCAUCAGUGGAAAUUAAAACCACGAGAAUUUUCCACUAAUUUCAUAUACGAAAAUGAGAGUUUUACUUAGUAUAAAGACUCUGUAUAUGUGGGUGUAAUUACUAUUGUAACAUUUAUAUUUAUGUGUUUAUUGAAAUUGGAGGUUUCCGAUUAUGAAUAGAAGUAUGCGAUCUUACUGUCAAAUUUUCCUUUCGAUAAGGAGAAAAUUCGCCGGUCACGGUAGCCGAGCGGUCUAAGGCAUGU